ACACUCUUCGUGAUCGUCCGAAGUAUCGGUCAUUGGAUAAAUCAAAUUUUACUCUCUGUGUCGAAUCAAAAUGUUUAACGUUAAAUAAAAUCGGAAGUGUCGUUGAUGUUCGUUUCGUUCAAAUGGUGUCAUAAUUACAACUUCCAAAAGGUAAACUUCGAAAAUGGUUACAGCAGAUAACUGGUUUCAAAAUUGGCAUCCGCCUGCUCUAAUCACCGAUCACCAACCGAUACAAACCCCAUUAGAUUUCGGAAAUUUCAGUGCUGGAUACGACUACGGCUUCAAAACAACGAAGGUUCCUGAAUUUGGACCCAACACGUUUUUGACUUAUCUCAUGUCUCUUAGUGUCGCGAGGCCACAAACUUCAAAUUUUGGAAUUCCAGAAUCACCAACGCAAAGAUUUAUAAACAGAAACACACCGGUACCAUUAGAAACAACCGGUCCUUUCAAAACUUGGUACUAUUGGAGUACUUUGGAUUUUGCUUAUCCAACUAGAGUUGAUAGAGAACUUGCCAUAGCAAAUAAGGAAUUUAUUCCAGAAAAUAAUCUUCCCCUAGGUUUAGAAAUUUAUGGAGAUCGUAUUUUUGUUUCCAUGCCUAAAUGGAAACCAGGAGUACCGGCUACGUUAGCAGUUAUACCGAAAGUACCAAGGGAAGCAUCUCCAAAGCUAGUUCCUUAUCCAAAUUGGGAAUGGCAUAAUGGUGGUUUUUGCGACAGCAUCACAUCAGUUUUCCGAAUGGAAGCUGACACGUGCGGUCGUCUUUGGGUACUAGAUAGCGGCCUUAUUGACGUAACCAUCGAUCCCAAGCAAGUUUGCCCUCCAAAAAUUCUAGUAUUCGAUUUGAAAACCGAUAAAUUACUUUUAAAAUAUGAAUUACCAAAAGAAUUUAUUAAACAAGACGGUUUGUAUUCAAAUAUUAUUGUCGAUGUGCGGGACGAUUGUCGACGUGCCCACGCUUAUUUAGCAGACGUUUGGAGAUUUGGAAUAGUUGUUUUCAGUUUGGAAAAGAUGAGAUCUUGGAGGGUGACCGAUCAUUUGUUUUAUCCGGAACCUCUAGCAGCAGCAUACAAGGUUCAUAAUUUGGAUUUUGAAUGGACGGAUGGGAUUUUUGGUAUGUCUCUGAGUCCGUAUUAUUCACCCAAUGAAGAUAGGAUUUUAUUUUUCAAUCCAAUGUCCAGUUUUAGAGAAUUCUAUGUAAGGACUUCAGUUAUACGAAAUGAGACCGGUUGGGCAGAUAUUAAGGGAGCUUUUAGACCAAUUGGGCAAAGUAGAGGAAAAUCGGGACAUAUGUCGGCCUCAAGAAUCGAUCAAAAUGGUGUGAUGUUUUACAAUUUGGUAACUAGGGAUUCUGUGGGGUGUUGGGAUAUAAGGAAACCUUAUAAACGAGCCAAUUUAGGCGUUGUGGCCAAGGAUAAUGAAAAGUUGGUGUUUCCUAAUGACCUAAAAAUCGAUAAAGAAAGGAGACAAAGUGUUUGGGUAUUGAGUAAUAAGUUGCCAUUUUAUCUUUACGCAAAAUUAGAUCCGAAUGAUAUUAAUUUUAGAAUUUUGUCGGCUUAUGUCGAUGAGUCUACGAAAAAUACAAUUUGUGAUCCUAGUUUUAGUUAUUACGAUACAUUCGAAGAAUAUGUAGGAGAUAACGAUUGUUAUUAAAUAUAAUUUUUGCAAUUA